AUGAACGCGUGUGAUACAUUUCGUGAAAUUGAUGAACUUUUUAUCGACUAUGAGAACAAUGAGGACAAAUUUAACGAUGAAUAUGGAACAUAUAAUGAGUAUUGCCCUGUAAAAAAUGGGGGCAGAAACUGUGAAACUAAUUAUGAAAAACUUAACGCUAUUUUUGGAUAUGCAUAUAAGGAAUUAAUUCAAAAUAAGAAUGUGGAUCUAGAAAGUGAAAAUGACCCAAGUGCUGAUUUUUUUGUCAUGUCAUUGUCUAAUAUAUUAUAUAAAUUAUCAACAAAUCCGAAUUUAUCUCUAAAAGAUGCAUUUAAAAUAUAUUUAAAGAGUCACGAAGGUUUUAAAUAUUGGAGCAUCUUACGUAAUAAAAAGUAUUUUAAUGAUUCUAACAUUGGUAUUAUGAAUGGAUUUUAUUUUUUAUUUCAGCAAAUUUGUGAAACAAUUAAUAGAUAUAACGAUCCUAAUGCAAAAACAUACGAACACACAAACGAUAUUGCCCAAUUCUAUAUUAUUUAUAACACACUUUAUAAUUUUGUUAAUCGUUGUAAUCCGUAUCGUCAAUUAUUUAAUCAUUUAAAAACAAUAUAUGAUGAUAUUAUAGGUGGUUCUUUUAAUUUCCAUGACAAUGACCAAGACCAAGACUUAAGUGAUCAGCUUAUAAUGCUUUCAUCGAUAAAUAUAACCAAGUUUGUAUCUGAAUUCAAUACUAAAGGAUGCAUAAAAGUGCAUAAAAAGUUAGAACAAAAUAUAUCCAAGAUUAAAGAGAAAUCAGAAGAGGAUCAAGAAGAAGACGAGGAACAAGAAGAAGACGAGAAACAAGGCGGAUUUAGUGAUUUAAUCGACUUAUUUGGUUCUGAUGAUGACAAUAAUGAUGGCGAAAACGGAGAUGAUGGUGGUGACGAUGAUGAUACAUCAACCGAUGGAACCGGUGAAACCGACACACAAACAGAUAUAAAUAACGGACCAGAAAAUUCUCAAGAUAAAUAUGAUACUCAAGGAAAUGAACAAAAAGACUCAGACAAUGGCCAAAUAAGUCAGCCAUCAAGUUCAAAUGAUCAAAUCGUUAUCCACGAAAGUUCAGGUGGUGGGAAAGAGAAUUUAAGUAGGGUUCCAGAAGGUUCAAAAAAUUCACUAAGUCCAGAUGUUAAACAAGGAGAUACAGGAAGUCCAGCUGAUGGAUCAGAUGAUCCGCAAGGUGAUCAAGGAAGUAUAGAUAGUGGAUCAGAUGGUGGUGGAAGUGAUGGAUCAGGUAGUGGAGAGGGAGGUGGAUCAAGUGAUGGAUCAAAAACACCAGUGGAUCAGGCUACAAUGCAUUCAUCAGGAGCAUCCAAUGGAUAUUUUUCAAACCUUUGGAAAGCUCGUUUAAAUCCCAUGAAUUAUAUCCCUAGUGUUCCUGAUAUAUAUGAAACCUCAAAGAAUAUUUUAACAAGUGCCACUAAUCAAGCCAGUAAUGCAUAUAAUAGUGCUGUGACCGCUGUAAAAGAUAAUUAUGAUAGUGUUAUGACCGCUGUAAAAGAUACUUAUGAUAGUGCUGUAACUGCUGUAAAAAAUACUUAUGACACCACUAUGACCACUGUAAAAGGUGCUUAUAGUGCAACUACUAAUUAUAUCGGUGGUGCUGUUAAUAUUAUAACUAACCAAUUAAAUCCAUUCGGCAAUUCUCAAUUAGGUGGCAAUCAAUCUGGAUCAGGUGGUUCAGAGGGGGGGACAGAUACAUCUAAUCACUCACAACAAUAUCCGAAACAACCAGUAAAUCCGACAUCUCCAUCAUCAGUAACUCCACCAGAUCCGCCCCAACCAACUCAACAAUUAUCACAAACUCCAUCAUCGUCAAAACCGCAGUCUAACAAAACACAAGAUAAAUUACAAAUCACAGAUAAAAAUGGUGCAAUUAACCAAGUACAAAGUCAUGAUACAAAUCCUGGAGCAGGAGGAAUUCAAACAACAGAAAAUUCUAGUACAGACCCAUCAAACACAGGAAAUGGAAGGACCACUGAAACUGUUGUUAAAAUUAACGAAAAACCAUCAAUAUGGUGUAUAGGAUCGAAUACCAAAUGUGACAUAACGGGUAUUAGUAUUAUAAUUAUUUCAAUAUCCAUUAUUUUAACAAUUAUAUAUAAGUAUCUAUCACUUGGGUGGACAAGCAAAUCGAAGAGAAAAAAAAACAUAAAAAAGGUUAUAAAUUCAAUUGGAGGAAAAAGACCGGUUCAAAUAAUUAUAAAAUCAUAUGAUAGGAACAAAGACCUAAAACCGGUUAUAAAUUCAGUUGGUAGAAAAAAAGAUCCAUUAUUAAAUAUAUACAAACUUAUGCAGGCUGAUCCUAUACCAUUUAUUAAUUUAUUUUUUUUGUUAAUUUUUUUUGUCUAUAAAAGAAAAUACGAUUUUUUGGAAUUAUAA